AUCACGUUCCUCUCUGUGAUAGGCUACUCCCCCUCUCCCUGGCUGUGAUGUAAGUGUUUACACCAAGGUAGUUUACACAGGAUUACAGUGAGAUAAUCCAAUUUCAGUAUUUAGUGACAUGAGCCGCCAUCUGUCCUCUUAGCAUGCUGAGAACACAGGCUUAUGCCAGCCAAAGUCCUUCUGAAAGAUAUCUCUAUAGAAUGGAGAAUAUACCUGAAUAUGAUGUGAAAGCGUUUCGUGCACGCGCACUUUCACUGUAAUCGGGUCUCUGCUGGCGCCCCAGGUGCUGAUUGACGGGAGCGCGCGCUGUUGGCGUAAAGUGUGGCGAUUGGACAAAUUUGGCCUUUCUACGAUGAACCGAGGACGAUUCAAUCAGCGUUUCUAAAGCCGCGGACGAAGGGACAAUACUGUGUGUUUCUCUGUAGACAGUGGAGUCCUAAAACGCCUAACUGGAUUGGAACUAGAGGUACCCUCUAAACCUGUCUAAUCAGGGAUACAUGCUAACUUGACUCUCCUUCAUUGAGCUCCGUACCUCUCCACCUGUCUCCAGCCCCAGAUGAUGCGGAUGGACAAUAAAGGCCGGAGCGCCUCCCCCCACAGGAACGCCUACAAGUCUGACUUCCACACCAUCAAAUGCUCCUUGGACGCCGCGACCAGGCCUAGACCUUCUUCCCUGGGCGUCUCGAUCCCUUCACCUGGCUCCAUGGCAGUCCCUCACACCAGGACUAGCAGUGGGAGUGACCCUGGUGAGGGUACCAGGGGUGGGGCCCUCAGCCCUAGAGGAACUAAGAUCAAAGACAACAUCUUCCUCCAGAUGGACAGCCAACAGCACCUCCUCCACACCUUAUCUCAGGCUCUGCCCAAACACCCUCUCAGCUCCAGCUCUGUCCGGAGCAGUGUGGCCAGCAUGUCCAGCGUAGAAUCGUCUAUGCUAGAUAAACCGUCUAAGGCAGAGGAGAUAGCAGAGAUAGACAGAGCUGCUCUAGCCCAGAAGUUCUCGGUGACCCGGAAGCUCUUUGAGACGGUCAGUGGGGGUCAACGUUUAAAGGUCAGCCCUGGCAGAGAUUGCAGGGGGUUGAUGGAGGAGAGUGGGGAGGAAAGGGGGAUUGGGAGAGCAAGGAGCAGGUUAGACAGGGAGCAGCUGACAUCCAUGUCAGAAAGUGAAGGAGAGGGGGAGAGAAGGAAAGAACUCAUGAACGUACACAUUUCUCUACCCAACAUAAAACUCCAUACACCCACUUUCUCACUGGACACCAGUUUGCCUACACCCCUUCACCCUGUUAAUGGUCACUCCAGUGAGACAUUUUCCCCUGAUGGUAGAAGUCCUACAACUGACCCCUCAGACCGCAGGAGUGUGUACGGUCAAGAUGGGAGUGUGUGUGAGGACUUUGUGUUCUCCCAUGUAUCCAACCUUUCUAGCCCAGCACCCAGCUCCCCCCACUCUCAGCCUCCAUCCCCUUCUUCCAACUCCCCCAGUUCUCUCACCCCAGUCUCCCCUUGCUCUGACCAGACUGACCUCUAUAGCCCUAGUAGUCCUAAUGCUGACCCCCUGGACAACAGGAGUUUGUCUGAGGGGAACCACCCUAAUGACCUUUACAUGACCCCUGAUGUCCCUUUGACCCCCAAAGAGGGGUCAGGGGCUGGGACUGUAAGGGCGGAGCUAGUGGAGGUGAAGAACGAGUCGUCAGAGAGCGAUGGUAACGAAGGAGAGGAGGAAGGCAAGAGGGAGGAGGGCAAUGAGAAUAACCUGGUGGAUGAUGUGUUUGAAGAAUCCAGAGUGGAACCGAAAAUUGUUGAACCUACAUCGGCACAAAGAACAGUAGAACCUAGAAUGGUUGAACCUACAUCGGCACAAAGAACAGUAGAACCUAGAAUGGUUGAACCUACAUCGGCACAAAGAACAGUAGAACCUAGAAUGGUUGAACCUACAUCGGCACAAAGAACAGUAGAACCUAGAAUGGUGGAACAGAGAACGGUUGAACCUCCAGUAGAACCCAGAAUGGUAGAGUGUGUGGAGGGAUUCCCUGACAGUCUUGAGUUGACGGAACAGGAAAGUGAAUCAGAAAGAUGCAUGAAACAGCAGGAGACAGAACAGAGGGAAGAGCGAAUGGAGGGAGAAAACAGACCGAUCAGCCAAGAAAUAGAGCAGCACAGAGAAGAGGGGACAACUGGAGACGGUGAGAUAGAGAAAGUGGAGGUAGGGGCGAAAGGAGAUGAGGCAGGAGAGCAGGAGGAAAAGGAAGUUGAGGAGAGAGAAACCAUGUGCAGUGACGACAAAGAAAAGAUGAGGGAGGAGGUGAGAGAGGGAGAGGAGGAAGCGAAAGAGAAGGCCGAAUUGGAAGAUGGAGGGAUAAACUUCAGGGAAAAAGAGGGGGUCAGAGAGGAAGAGGAAAGAAAGUGCAGAGGGAGAGUGGAAGGGAAGGAAGAGCAGGAGAGGGAAGAGAGGGAGUGCACUGAGAGAGGAGAUGAGAACAAUGGAUCUGCUGUCGUCCUUGGAAUUGAGAAUGAGGCCUUUGUGGAGGACGGGGAAUUGAACUCGGAGUGUCAUGACGAUUUGGAAUGGCACAGAAAGGACUGGGAGCAGCUCUUUAUGGAAUAUGAGGAGAUUCCCAGUCUUCCCCAUGAGGAUGACGAUGAUGCGGAUCCUGCUAAGAGGAGGAAGAUUAAGUUCUCUACAGCACCAAUCAAGGUGUUCCUGACCUACUCAAAUGCAGACUAUGACCGGCAUAAUGAUGAUGUUGACCCUGUGUCUGCCUCUGCUGAGUAUGAACUGGAGAAGAGAGUGGACAAGAUGGAUGUCUUCCCUGUCCAGAUAAAGAAAGGAGAGGAGGGCCUGGGUAUCAGUAUAAUAGGGAUGGGGGUAGGGGCUGACCAGGGGCUGGAGAAGUUGGGGAUCUUCGUUAAGACCAUCACAAAGAACGGAGCUACACAACAGGACGGACGUAUCCAGGUGAAUGACCAGAUAGUGGAGGUGGAUGGGGUCAGUCUGGUCGGAGUCACACAGCUGUUUGCUGCCACCGUGCUAAAGAACACCAUUGGCACUGUCAGGUUUUUUAUUGGACGGGAGAAGCAGGGAGAGGAGAGUGAGGUGGCUCGUCUAAUCAAUGAGAGUCUGGAGCAGGACAAGACACCAUCUACAGUAGAGGUGUUAAAUGAUGGUGUUGUGGGGCUGAGCUCAGUGGAUGAGACGGUAGAAGUCCUCCCUACAGAUGAUGAAGAGGAUGACGAAGAGAAACAAAUCACCAGCUGCCUCAGAUGCCAACAGCUCCAGUUACAAUUCAGGACCAAAUCAGACCAACUCUGCCUAGUGCGGGAGAAGCUGAGGGUGUGUGAGGAGCAGCAGGCCUUGUGGGAGAGUCAUCAGGCUGAGCUGAAGGAGCGUGUCCAGGAUGGAGAGGAGAAGGCUGACAAACUAGAGAAGUACUGGCAGGAGGCCCAGGGUCUGUGCAGAAUUGUGAACCAGCGAUUGGCUGACACCCAGAGCCAAUUAGACAGCCUGGAGGUGAAAUACAGCAAGGCCAAGAGACUGCUGAGGGAAUUCCAACACAGGGAGAAGGAGAGUGAGGGGAGAGAGGAGGAGCUGCAGAGAGAGAUGGAGGAGAGCGAGAGGAUACACGGAGAGACUGUGGAGAGACUCCAGAGACGGAUAGGUCUACUGGAGCGAGGGGAGAUGGUCCCUGAGAGUGACAACCAAUCACUGGAUACCUCAUUUACCUCAAGUGCAGACUGGAGCAUUGCGGUGCCUGUGACGGGUCUGUUAGAUACCAGCGCUCACAGGGCCAGAGCACAGCUCGCCCAAAAAGCCAAGAGACACCCUCCCUCACGAGACAAACUCAGAGAGUCCUUCAGACAACAGGGUGAGGAAGAUCAUAUUCAGCGAUGUGACGGGAAGAGCCAAUCACUGACUGCGAUCACACCACGAGAGACGGGACAAUCGGUUUCAGCAGGCGGUCACCGUGUCCACUCCAGCACAUCCUCUCUGUCUGCCCUCACCUCCAAGCCCCACCCCCCCUCUCUCCUCACCCCCCAGCCACGCCAGUCCCCCCCUAAUGAGGACAAGUCAUCUACCACAUGCAAAUCAAAGAGGAGAUUCCCUGACUUCAGUGGCCUCCGCAAGUCUCUGAGGAGAGGGAGGAAGAGUGAGGAGAAGAAGAACAAGGAAAGGCCCCUGGACCACAGGGGUUUAUGUGUUAACCUGGUGGAUGCCCCCAGCGGUGGUGUCUCUCCCUCUGUCUCCUCCAUGCCCUCCUGCCUACCCUUCUCCUGGUUCGGAGAGCGAGGGAGGGAGAAGGAGAGAGGGAAGCUUAGGUCUGUCUCCAGCAGCAGUCUACCGUACAUGACCACCGGAGGCAGUAGAGACUGCCAGAGAGUGAGUGUAGGAGACCCAGGUAGUCCCAGCUCUGCUCUCCUAUCAGGGAUGCUGUCAGAUCUGUCUCUCUCUGCACACUCUCAAACUCUCACCUUCUCAUCAGAGAACCUGGAUGAUGACUCUGUCCCAGUUGGUAACGAUUACCAAUGGCAAAGCCGACCCCUGGACCAAUGGACUAAUCAGCAGGUCUGUCUGUGGUUGAUUGGCAUGAGCAUGGACCAAUACGCGGCCCAGUUCACAGCCAAUGGUGUGGAUGGGCUGCAACUUCUCAGUCUGGACAACAACAAACUCAAGGCUCUGGGUGUGUGUAGUCACAGUGACCGUGCUGCUCUGAAGAGAAGGCUGAAGGAGAUGAGGAAGACUCUGGAGAGAGAGGAAAAGGAGAGAGAGAAGGAGAAGAGGAGGAUGAAGGAGAGAAAGGAGGCCAGGCAUAGUGGUAAAAAGGUCCGAACCGAGUCCCUCUGCUAAAGUCUGGACCCUGACCUCUAACCCCUAAACCCAGAAAUGAUCUUCAAUCACAACUUUUUGUCUAAGUCCUACUACUAUUAGGCUCAUCUCAUGCAUUCCAGCCUUUAGACAAUCAGCUAUAGUCUCUCUCUGUUAUAAACUCUCUACCAGCACAGAAACGUCAGUCUUACUGUUAGUCUUCACUGUGACUGGUGAAAUAUACUUUUUAUCUGUUUUGUAACAGUUUAUGUACAGAUGUUUCUAUACGAAUGUUGUACAAUUGAUUGCAAUGAAGCACUCAAUUAUUUUAAGCUGGGAAUAUUUUACAUUAAUUAAUAAAUGUUUUAAACGUA